AGAAAUAAUGUCGGAUCAGCUGGAAGCCUCUAUCAAGAAUAUUCUCGAACAAAAAACGCUAAAAUGGAUUUUUGUGGGUGGAAAGGGAGGUGUCGGAAAGACGACAUGCAGUUGCUCAUUGGCAGCUCAACUCUCAAAAGUUCGUGAGAGAGUUCUUCUCAUCUCCACCGAUCCCGCCCACAACAUUUCUGAUGCCUUCAGUCAGAAAUUCACAAAAACUCCAACACUGGUCGAAGGUUUCAAAAAUCUCUUUGCAAUGGAAAUCGAUUCAAAUCCGAACGGAGAAGGCGUCGAAAUGGGGAAUAUCGAAGAAAUGCUGCAAAAUGCUGCACAAAACGAAGGUGGAAGCGGUGGAUUCUCGAUGGGAAAAGAUUUUCUUCAAAGUUUUGCUGGAGGACUUCCUGGGAUUGAUGAGGCAAUGAGUUUCGGGGAAAUGAUAAAGUUGAUAGACUCUCUUGACUUCGACGUUGUGGUCUUUGACACCGCUCCAACUGGGCACACUCUUCGUCUUCUUCAAUUCCCAACACUUUUGGAAAAAGUAUUUACGAAAAUUCUGUCACUUCAAGGAAUGUUUGGACCAAUGAUGAAUCAAUUCGGUGGAAUGUUUGGAAUGGGAGGUGGAUCAAUGAAUGAAAUGAUUGAAAAGAUGACAACGACUCUAGAAUCUGUGAAAAAGAUGAACGCACAGUUUAAGGAUCCUAAUUGCACCACAUUCGUCUGCGUCUGCAUUGCCGAAUUCCUCUCUCUUUACGAAACCGAACGACUUAUUCAGGAGUUGUCCAAACAAGGAAUCGAUACUCAUAAUAUUAUUGUGAAUCAACUUCUCUUUCCGGAUACCGAUGCAAAUGGAACAGUUUCAUGCAGAAAAUGUGCAUCGAGACAGGCGAUUCAGUCGAAAUACUUGACAGAUAUCGAUGAGCUCUACGAGGAUUUCCACGUCGUCAAACUUCCACUUCUUGAGGCAGAAGUGCGUGGAGGGCCCGCAAUUCUUCAGUUCAGCGAACGGAUGGUGGAUCCUGAAGCUAACAAAAACUAAACUAAUUUGUUCUCCUACAAAAUCAACUUGUUCUGUGGUUUUUUAUGUUAAAAGAUUCUUCCUAUCCCAUGUUUUUUCUCCAAAAUUCCCUGUCCCCUUAUUUCUCGCUUUAUUGUGGGUGCCUUUUUCGAAUCAAAUGAAUAAUUUAUGAUA